AUGGAGGUGGGCUUAGCGAAAAGUUUCUGGGGUUUGAAGGACUGUGAGUGGUCUGCAGUAGGUUCUGAAGGUCGAUCUGGGGGGUUACUAACAAUUUGGAGUAAGGGAACAAUUGAACCUAUUUUCAGCUUUAAAGACAAAGGAAUUCUGGGAGUAAAUGCGGACUGGAAAGGUACGAAUUGCUACUUUGUCAACAUUUAUUCUUCUUGUUGUAUAGCUGAAAAAAGAGUACUGUGGGAUCGAUUAUUGGAGUGGAAACAACAUUUUCCAGUUGGAGAGUGGAUAAUUGGGGGUGACUUUAAUGCAAUAAAAAAGGGAGAAGAAAGAAGGGGGAAGGUUCAGUCUAGCAGGGUAGAAAUGGAGGAGUUUUCUAAGUUCAUUGAAUUAAUGGAGGUGGUGGAUUUGCCAAUGUUAGGGAACAAAUUUACAUGGUUAAAUUCAAAUGGUAGAGCGCGUAGUAGGAUUGACAGAAUACUAUUAUCGGAAGGCAUCAUUAAAUUAUGGAAUGCAGUGGCUCAGGUGACUGGGAAAAGGGAUGUAUCAAAUCAUAGGCCGGUGUGGGUGAAGUCUAGUAAUGUGGAUUGGGGACCCAAACCCUUCAAAGUGUUUAAAUGCUGGUUUGAACAUGGAGAUUUUUUGAAGUUUGUAAAGACGGAAUGGAAUUCACACAACGAGGAUGGAACAAGUGCCUUUGUACUUAAGGAAAAACUUAAAAGGUUAAGAGAGAGAUUAAGGUGGUGGAACCGUAAUGUUUUUGGAUGGGUUGAUAUGAAAUUUGAUGAAGAUGUGGAGGAGAUCAAUGUGUUAGAAGAUGAUGAUAUAGUGGUAACAACUCAGCUAAGUAAGGAGAUGGAGGAGAGAGGUAGGAAACUACAAGAAAGUAUUUGGAGGAACCUAAAUCAUAAAGAGAGCAUUCUAAAGCAAAAAUCAAGGAUGAAGUGGGUAAAAGAAGGAGACAAUAAUUCAAAGUAUUUCCAUUCGGUAGUAAAAGCAAGGACAAGAAGAAACUCAAUAGUUUCUAUACGGACAGAACCGGGAGUCAUAGAGGAGGUCGAGGAGGUGAAAAGAGGGGUGAAAGAUCAUUUUGAGAAGAGGUUUAGAAAGAGUGUGAAUCCAAGACCAAGUCUAACGGGAGUAGAGUUUAACAAAUUGUCCGAGGCAGAGAGGUUGCAGCUGGAUGAAGAGUUCACAAGGGAGGAAAUUAAAGAAGUAGUGUUUAGUUGCGAUGGCGACAAAAGCCCAGGGCCAGACGGGUUCAACAUCGAUUUCAUUAAAAGAAUGCUGGGAAUUUGUGGGUAA